ACAGCGGCAUCGACUGCACCAACCAUCUUCAUGAGCAACCAGGAAGCAUUUCGAAGGUUUGCGCAGCAACUGCAGAAGGCAGGAAGCGGUGGCAGCUUUCCUGGAGGGAACCCGAAGGGCUUAUUCGCAGGAGGUGGUCUCGUCCUUGCUCUCAUUGCUGGAGGCAUCACACUGAAUGCCAGUUUGUUUAAUGUGGAUGGUGGACAUCGCGCUAUCAAGUACACAAGGUUGCACGGUGUGACCGAGGACGUAUACAGCGAAGGGACUCACCUGAUGAUUCCUUGGUUUGAAACCCCAAUUCUCUUCGACAUCCGAGCCAAACCUCGGAGCAUUGCCAGUUUGACUGGCACAAAAGACUUGCAAAUGGUCAAUAUCACCUGCCGUGUUCUGUCAAAACCUUCUCCACAGGCUCUGCCAACUAUCUACCGGGAGCUAGGCCAAGAUUUCGACGAACGCGUACUCCCGUCGAUCGUGAAUGAAGUGCUCAAGAGUGUCGUGGCUCAAUUCAACGCGAGUCAACUGAUCACGCAACGUGAAAUGGUCUCUCGUUUGGUCAGGGAGAACCUGACGCGCCGUGCACUGCGUUUCAACCUUGUGUUGGAUGAUGUCUCUAUCACCCACGUCGCGUUCUCUCCCGAGUUCACUCACGCAGUGGAGGCGAAGCAGGUCGCACAACAAACAGCGUUCCGUGCUGCGUUCCUUGUGGAUCAAGCAAUCCAAGAGAAACAGUCUAUCAUUGUCCGAGCGCAGGGUGAGGCCAAGAGUGCCGAGUUGAUCGGGGAGGCUAUACGCACGAACAAGGGUUUCCUGUCCUUGCGAAGACUGGAGGCAGCUCGCGAUAUCGCGUCUCUGUUGGCUGCUUCAGGGAACAGAGUUAUGCUGGACUCGGACUCUCUUCUUCUCAACGUGACUAAGGACGAUAUGAAGGAUCUUUUGAAGACGAAAAAGUGAACUGGUUCCCCUGCGAUUGGGUUGUCGGACAUCUGUUUUCGAUCGCUUUGUAUGUUCGCAUGUCUUGCUCCACUCAAUGACAAAUUGUUCCGCAUUUCGA